AUGGAUUCUGAGUUCAUAGGGCGACAACUAAACGAUUCAGAAUGGUUUGUGGAAAGAAUUAAUGGUGAGGGAAAUUGUCUCCUCUCAUUUUUACCGAUGUCAUCUUCAAACACAGUUUUGAUGAUUGUCUUAAUUUCCUUGAAGCACUUAGUACCCAAUGUCUUCAAACUCACGCAAACCCAACUAACACAGCAAUGUCAAAGUCAAGGUUUCACUGAUAGUAUGUCAUUGAAUCGAAUUAAACUAAGAUUAAUGGACAUUCUACAAUCUCCUCAAGAAAUUAACCAAGUUCAAUUGGUAGAUUCAAAUUUGAAUUUUAGUUUCGACGUAUCUGCGGAAAUUACCGUUUCCAUAAAUAGUGUACCUUCUGAUGUUACUAAGGAUACGCGCUUUACGAUUUUGCAGAGUCUGUGUAUGCUUUUAUUAAAAUUGAUAAACAUCUCUUCCCAGUAUCAAUAUAUACAACGGGAUAUCCUAAACGAAAAGCAAAAGUGUCUAGAUUUUCUCUUGAGGUCUCUUGGUGAUUUAGAUGGCGGAAGUAAAAUUAUCGGUCAAUGGGCUCCUGAAAACUCUAAGAAUUGUGAAUCUCUGCAGCCAAGUACGGAUGAUCACGUAAUGAAAACACUACGAUAUAAAGGAAAAUUCCAGCAUCUAGAAUUAACAGCCGAUUCACUGAAAUCAUUGCUAUCUUUAAAGCAAAAUCUUCAAGCAGUAUCUCAGAUUGAAGAGUUUGCGGAAUCGAACAAAAAAGAGCGUGCCGGAAUUCUUGGAGCGAAUGAUCUUCAUAAUGAUGAUUUUGAGCUGCAGCUAGACCCUACAGAUGAGGCUCAACCAAAUAUCUGUUGUGAAAUUAACCCAAAGACAGAUUCUAAGACAACCGCCAUAGAAAGUGGUGCUGAUUCGCAACGUUACCUGGAGGAUGUUUUUGAACUUGAGUCUAAAUCUCCAGAAAGAACAAAGUCGAAUUCUUCUUUGGUGCAAGAAUAUCCACGAAAGAAAAGAAAAUUUGGAAAGGUUAGAAUCAAAAAUUAA